AUGGGGAAUCAAUGUUGUGGAAAUCAACCAAUCAAUAGAGAUGCCAAUGAAUAGGCAUUUGCAUAAGCUAUUCCUGUGAGAUUAUAAUAAAAACUGAAACCUGAAUCAUAACGAUUUCAUCAAGUACUAAUAUCCAGCGGUGAAAAUGAUAAGAAAGAUAUCUUUUCAAAUGAGAGACAACAAGACUUCAUUUUGAACCUUAAACCUUAUAGUCAUUUGGCCACCAACGAUUCUGUAGUUGUCUCGAUUCGAGUAGUGUGUCAUGACUAUUCUUACAAAGAUGAGUUGGAUUGGUAUAUUGAUGAAUCUGUGAUCAUCGAUCCUAAUUGUUUUGAAACAUCCUUAUUGAGAGUGAUCGACAAAAAAACAGGUAACAAAUACACGUUAAGAGUGAUCAACUUUAAUGAUUACGAGGAUUAUGAAUUCAAAUAGGCCCUGUAUCAAAUAUAUAUCAUGCAAUUGAUUGGAAAUAAAUGCAAGAAUUUGAUAUCUCUACACGAUUGUUACAUUUUAGAAAAUGAAGAUAAAGAAUCUUCUAAAGGAUCUAUCAUUCUAUUGAUGGAAUAUUGCGACUCAACAUUACAUGAAAUAAUAUCUUUUCGUAAAUUCCAUAAUUGGUAAUGGACAUCUGAUGAAAUAAGACAUGUGUUUGGCGAAUUGGCAUAAGCUUUAGGAUAAUUAGAAUAAUUGAAUAUUACACAUCGAGACCUACGUCCUCAUAACAUUUGGUAUUGUUCUCUAAGCAAAACCUACAAAAUUGGAGGCUAUGAAGAAGCUAAGUUUGUUAAAAAAGCAUAGACUCUACAUAACCAACUAUCACUUAACAAUUUGGGAAUCAACAUCUAAUAAGAAAACGAAGAAUUAUUGAAUACCAUCAGAGGUGUACCUGAUUAUUUACCCCCAGAAGUCUAAAAAUACGUAGAUGCAAGUGGAGCACAGACUGUUGGAAGAUACAAUCCAUUUUUAGCCGAUGUCUAUUAAUUGGGCUUAAAUAUUUUGAUGAUGGAUUAAUUGGAAGUCAAUUUUGAAAGCACUGAAUUAAGGAAUGUUGUCAAAAAACUCAAUAAUCAAAGAGCUGGCAGUAGAGGUAGCAGCAAUGAUUAUCAUGAUGUCUUGAAACUCAUGUUAGUAGGUGAUGAAUCUAGUCGUUUAACUCCAGCUGAAUUAUCUUUGUUUACUAAGUCAUAUCUGUCUGAAAUACCUAUUAAUGAAGACAAUCUUGUUGAAAGCAUGAAAUACAAGAAGAAAUAUGCAGGUAUCGAAUCUACUAAAGUCUAUUAAUUGAUUGCUGUUGCUUAUUAUGAUCUAUUUGAAUGGGAAAAAUGGCUUGAAAAAAUGGAAGAAAUAUUAGUCACUUAUGAGAAUGCUAAAGAUGAUUUCCAUGCUGCAGAGGUUCUCUUUGAUAUUGCUAACGGAUUUAUUGACAUCAAUAAUUUGAGUAGCGCUCAAGAUUAUUUUAUGAAGGCUAGUAUCCUAUAUAAUGAAAUUGGCCAUUAAUUGAGAGAACAAGGCAAGUUAAAUGAAGCCUUGGAUAAUUACGAAAGAGCUUUGGAUUGUGUAAGAAAAGCACAUAACGGAGAUGACAGCUACGAGGGUGCUCUCUUAUUGGAAAAUCUUGCAAAUGGAUAUAGAUUACAAGGAAAUCUAGUAAGGGCUCGUUCAUUCCUAGAGGAAGCUUGCAGAAUUACUGAACAAGAAAAAGGAGCUGACAGCUUAGAAUUUGCAAAAAUGAGUAUCAACUUAGGAAAAGUUCAUUCCUUAUUAGGAGAUUAUAAACAUGCCCUUAAAAGAGUUAAAAAAGGACUCAGAGUUACAGAAGGUCAUGCUUCAGGAAAUUAAAAUCUAUAAUAGAGUAUGUUGAGUUACAACAAUUAAAACUAAUAAUAGUAAAACUAAGCCUUACUUAUGAAAGCUUAAGGAUUAACAAUGUUAGGAGAAAUCCAAAGAUUGAAAGGUACUUUAGGAAAGGCUAAGAAAAAUAUUGAAGAAGCAUUAGCAAUUAGGGAAAAACUUCAAGGUUCUGGAAAUUUGGAAGUGGCUUCAACAAUCGAAGUAUUGGGAAAUGUAUUCUUUGAAAUGGAAGAUUACCAUUAAGCAAAAUCAUAAUAUGAGAAAGCAUUGGUUAUUAAGAAAAGUAAGUUAGGAGAAAACCAUGUUGAAGUGGCCUUAACAUUAAAUAAUAUAGGAAAUUCUUGUAAACAUUUAGAAGAGUAUGAUAAAAGCUAAAAGUUCUUUGCAGAUGCAUUAGUUAUUUUAAAAUAAUCUUAAUCGGGUGAUGAUCACCCUCUUGUUGCCACUACAUAUGGGAACCUUGGUAUUUUAUUAAAAUAAAUUGGAAACAUCUAAUCAGCAUAAUAAUGCUUGACCAAAUGUAUUCAAAUCUUAGAUAAAACACUUCCUAAAAAUCACCCUGACUCUUUAUUUUACAGAGAAUAAUUGCAAGAAAUAUAAUAAUGA